CGCCAAACAGUGAGAUGGCGGACGACUUUGAGGCUCCAUGGGUUGAAAAAUACCGACCGCGUGUAUUGGCGGAUGUAGUAGGCAACCGUGACACCAUCGCGAGUCUGCAGGCCAUGGCAAAGGCCGGUAACAUGACGAAUCUGAUUCUUUCCGGCCCUCCAGGAACGGGUAAGACUACGAGCAUUUUGUGUCUGGCGCGCGAGCUGCUCGGUACCAGCUUGAAGCAGGCGGUGCUGGAGCUCAAUGCAUCCGAUGACCGCGGUAUCAACACUGUGCGUAGUAAGAUCAAGAUGUUCGCACAGCAGAAGGUGACGCUUCCCCCUGGACGCCACAAGAUCGUCAUUCUGGAUGAGGCGGACUCCAUGACCGCGGCAGCCCAACAGGCUCUACGUCGCACAAUGGAGAUCUUCUCGGCCACGACGCGCUUUGCAUUGGCCUGUAACAACUCGACCAAGAUCAUCGAACCUAUCCAAAGCCGCUGUGCCAUCCUACGAUUCACCAGACUGCCAGAUGAGAUGCUGCUACGUCGUCUAUUGACUGUGUGUCAGGAGGAGAACGUCGGAUACAAAGAAGAAGGACUCGCUGCACUCAUCUUCACGGCAGAAGGGGAUAUGCGUAAUGCACUCAACAACCUUCAGGCCACAGCGAGUGGUUUUAGCUUUGUCAGUGACGAGAAUGUGUUCAAGGUCUGUGACCAGCCCCAUCCCGCAGUAGUGAGGGAGAUUUUGAAUCACUGUGCCAAGGGAGAACUAGACGGGGCAGAGAAACAAGCAGUCGAUCUCUGGAAAAGUGGAUACUCGUCGUUGGAUAUCAUCGGAACGAUCUUCAGAGUGUGCAAGGCGCUGCCGAUGGACGACGAGAAGCUCAAACUAGAGUUCAUCAAGCUCAUUGGAGCCACGCACAUGUGCAUCGCUGAUGGAGUGUCCACUCUACUUCAGAUCCAUGGACUAGUGGCACGACUGUGCUCUGUCGCACUGGCUGCCAAGACGGAAGCGUAA